GACGGAAAGAAAAAUAAAGAAGCCAAAGACGACAAGAAAGAGGAUCAGAAAGCGGAGGGAGACUCAGAUGAUGAAUACAUCGUUGAAGAAGAGGAAGAGGAAGAAGAAUUCACUGAUGACUACGAAGUUGAAGUGGCAGAGGCAACCCAGACAAAGAUUGAGAAGACAGAUGCCACACAGCACACAGACAGCAAGACAGAAGACUGGCAGCAAAAGGCACAGGAGAAAAGCACUGGAGAUGAGAAGAUGGCAGAAGAAGCGAGAAAGAAUGAUGCAGUGAAAGAAGCAACAGAGUCAGAAGAGACAAUGGCAGGCAGAGUGAAGGCUGAAGAGGAGCGGGCGACAGAAGAAGCCAAGAGGAAGCUUGAAGAAAAGAUGGCAGAUGAAGCCAGACAGAAAAGUGAAGAGCAGGUGACAGAAGAGGCUAGAAAGAAGGACAGGCAAGAGGAACAGAUUGCAGAAGAAGCCAGAAAGAAGCGCGAUGAGGAGAUUGCGGUGGAAGAAGCCAAGACGAAGCUUGAAGAAAAGAUGGCAGAUGAAGCCAGACAGACAAGAGAAGAGCAGGUGGCAGAAGAGGCUAGAAAGAAGAACGAACAAGAGGAACAGAUUGCAGAAGAAGCCAGAAAGAAGAGCGAUGAGGAGAUUGCGGUGGAAGAGGCCAAGAGGAAGCUUGAAGAAACGUUGGCAGACGAAGCCAGAAAGAAAGCUGAACUGAAGGUGGCGGAAGAUGCUAGAAAGAAGGCUGAACAGGAGAAACUAGCCAAGGAAAAAAUCGCAGAAGAAGCCAGACAGAAGGCUGAAGAGGAUAAGGCGAAGGAAGAAGCCAGGAAAAAAAAUGAGGAGAAGAAAGAAGAUGAUGAGAAAGCAAAGACAAAAAAGGUUCAAGAUCAGAUGGCAGAAGAAGCAAGAAAGGCAGCCGAAAAGAAUUCCGAAAGGAAAGAAGCAAGAGGCAAAGCUGAACAGGAGAAGGAGGUGGAAAAAGAAAAGAAGAAGCUUGAAUCAAAGGAAAGAGACGAUGAGAAAAAGGCAGAACUAGCCAAGGAGAAGUCUACAGGCGAGAAGAAAGAAACUCCAGAAGAGAAAAAAGGACAAGAAGCUCAGGAGGAGGAUGUGCAGGCAUUUAGCGAUUCCGAUGAUGCUCGGCAGAAGCCCACUUUUCACGACACAAAGCCUUUGUUUGAGCAAGUGCCAGACCUUGCCCAGGAGAUCCCUCAGACCAAAGAUGAAAAAGAUGAGAUGAUCCAAAAACUUUUGGAAGAGCAAAGGCUUCUACGACAACAGCUCAACACAAAAAGGAAAGAUGAAGCAGCUCAGAAAGCGCAAAAAACAGCAGAGAAAGCAGCAGCCAAAGCUGCGGCCGUAGGAAGAAAACGACGAGGAGCAGCAACCGAUGAAGAUUUGCGACAGGCACAAGCCCUGGACGGAGAAGACGACGAGAUGAGGCAUGAUAGGGAGACUGACAAAACAGAAAAGCCAGGUCGAGGACGAGGUCGAGGACUAGGGCGAGGGCGAGGACGGCGAGGCAAAGGGCCACAAAAGAGGGCCAAAAGUGAGGAGUCAGAAGAGCCAGCGGCAAAGGCCAGGAAGACUGAAGGCAAAACAGAUGAAAAGCAGGAGUCGAGAAAUACAGAAGACGAAGAGUCAGAAGGGAAUGACGCGAAGAAGAAGGAGAAUGAGGGAAAUAAUGAACAAAGAUCAGAUGACUUGCUCACAGGCAGGAGGCAGACCAGGAGGAAGAGACGGAAGGUGGUAACGACCUCACGAAAGGACAAGACAGCAAACGAUGACAACAGCGACAACAACACCGACAAGAAAGACCAAGAAGACAAUGGUGAGGAGAAACCAAACAAGCCAAGAGAAAAGCCGGAGCAGGAUCUGGGCUGGGCUGAAGUGCGACAGAAAAAUUUGGGAUUGGUGCGGGAGCUUGCCAAAAUUUCUGGCAACAUGUACGUCCUCCCUGAUGAAGAGAAACUGAAGACUUUCUACGCAGUGAACCCUGAUCCAGACAUCGUGAAGCGCGUCAACGAGACUAUGGGAAAAAACCUCCAGGCCCGGUGUCAGUCCUGGGGCAUGAUUAUCACUUCAAAAUAG